UCUAUUAUUUAAGCACAGACUGGAAAAUAGUCAACUGUUCGCUGACUCCAACGGUCGAUACGUACACCGCCAAGAUUGAGAACGCCGUGCCUGAGGAAAUUCUGACGGACUUUUCUCAUCUCGAGCCGAUGAGCUCGAAUGUUCCUGAUAUACCUAACACUCUGCACGAUGAAGACAUCAGAAAUUUUGUCUUCUUAUGGAGUCAUAGGACGGCCAAAAAUCAUACGAUACGCGACGGUACACUAGUGUUAUGCAAGGGGUCGAAAUCUGGUGCGCACGGAUUAGUCGAAGUUCCGGAACUCAGUGACGAACCUACCUACGUCAACCUCACACGUCAAAGGAACCCAAGCGCAGGAUGGAGAUGGAUGUAUUAUCCAGAAGACUGUGUUUGGAGCAUUUAUCGAUUCUGUAUGGAAAGUAUAACAGAAACUGUGACCAAAGUCCUUAACAAUCAGAGCCUUGUGUCAGGACGUCGCGGUGGGGUAUCUGGAUCGACUCACGUGCACAUUCUGUUCAAGGACAGAAACAUAACAUUUGACAGCGUCAAUCAACGCAUUAAAUGCUUGGCGAAAUCGACGACCUCCGUCUUCCGUACGGAUGGUAGGUUUGCAAACACGACAGACCCUUACUUGCAGUAUUCAUCCGGAACACUCUGGGUCAACACUACGUGCAUGUACAUUCGAUGGUCGUGAAUCUCGUUUCCGGCCGCUAUGAUCGUACCUACUGGGAUGUUUCUCCUGCUGGUAGCAAUCGAAAAUUGCAGUAUCGAGACUGAUUGACUCUGGAAAAGUUCAUUUCUUGCAGCACUAUUCUGUGAGCUAGAAAUGGACAGAAUCCCGGCUGGGAAAGUAGAGAUGAAGUCGAUCGCUAGAUCGACAAGUGUAUGCCUCCAGAAAGAGAGCAGUACGCUAAGACCAGUUCACAAAAAGACACACGGGUCUAUGGUCUAAUCGAUUUAUCGUUGACUAUUAGAAGGAUACCUGCGGCAACAAGCACAAGAAUUUCG